AUUUUAUUUAAAGAGUAAGUUGACGCUGCCUUUGUUAACAAAAAAAAAUAAUAAUAAUGACAAGGCAAUUACUACUAAUGAACAUUGUAAUAGUGAGCUGUUUUAUAAAAGCAUUUGCGGAUUUACCCCCAGAUAUAGAAAAAUGUAAAUCCAACGAUAACGAUGAGUGUAUAGCUAAAAAUAUAGUAAAAAUUCUGGAUAUGCAUCCUAAUGGUUAUCCUGAAAUAGGUUUACCAAAAGCUUCUCCAAUAGUCAUUAAAGAUGUGAUAUUAUCGGAAAACAAACAAGACACUCCAAUACAAUUGAGUUUCAAAUUUAAUAGAAUGGUUAUAACAGGUCUAAAUAAACUGCAAGUUGUACGUUCACAUGGAUUUAAUAAGAAUUUAACAAACACUAUAGAUCUUGAUGUUUUAAAUCCUGAAAUUAAAAUUGAGGGUGACUAUGUAAUGAAAGGUAAACUUUUACUUUUUCCCUUGAAUGGCAAAGGUAAUGGCAGUAUCAUUUUAAAGGAUCUUUUAUCAAAAUACAAAAUUAAAUUUAAAUUGGAAAGUCGCAAUAAUAAAAAUUAUGCAGUUGUAGAUAAAUUGAAAUUGUGGGUGUUGCAGCCAAAGAAAGUAAUUUACAAUCUGCAAAAUGUUGUUAAUAAUAAUGAAGUUUUAACUGAAACUAUUAACGAUGUCAUGAAUGAGAACUGGAGUGACCUUUGGAAGGAGUUGCAAAGUAAUACAAUUAAGUUUGUUGAAGACCAAAUUCGAAAUGUUCUAAUGGAUAUAUUUAAGGUUUUAUCUGUUGAUGAUUUUUAUACAGAUUGAAAUUAAUAUCUAUUAUGUUUUGUAUAAUUAAUAAUAAAAUAUUAAUGUAUUUGUAAUAGUAAGGGUCUUUAACCGGAAAUAUUUAAUAAAUACUUUUGUUGAACUGAA